GGUGGCCGACAUUCCUCAGAAGGGUGCAGGUGUCGACGUGCUGGCAAGUCUGACUGACUAAUCGUGUGAUUUUUGCUAAGCUUUUCUCACAGGGUGGGUAACGUUACUUCUACGUUUGUACAAGGCAGCCGCACACACAGGAACCAUGGAUGACAAGGAGCUGCAGGUACAGAAAGCCAAACUGGCUGAGCAAGCUGAACGCUAUGAGGACAUGGCUGCAGCCAUGAAGACUGUUACAGAGAACAGCGAGGAGCUCGGCACUGAUGAGCGCAACCUGCUAUCUGUUGCAUACAAGAAUGUGGUGGGGGCUAGGAGGUCCUCCUGGAGGGUGAUGUCCAACUUGGAGGAGAAGUCUGAAGGAAACAAGAGAGAGUUGGCCAAGGCAUACAAAACAAAGAUCGAGAAGGAGCUGAAAGACAUCUGCCAAGAAGUACUGGAUCUGCUUGACAAUCAUCUGAUCUCUAAAGCCUCGACUCCUGACAGCACAGUCUUCUACCUGAAGAUGAAGGGGGACUACUACCGCUACCUGGCUGAGGUGGCCUCUGACGAAGACAAGGACAGCAUUGUCUCACACUCAAAAGAGGCCUACCAGAAGGCGUUUGACAUCGGCAUGGAAAAAAUGCAGCCUACACAUCCCAUCCGCCUAGGCCUCGCUCUGAACUUUUCGGUCUUCUACUAUGAGAUUGUCAACUCACCUGAUGAAGCCUGCAAAUUGGCCAAGAAGGCCUUUGAUGAUGCCAUUGCCAUGCUGGAUUCCCUCAACAGUGAUUCCUACAAAGACAGCACCUUGAUCAUGCAGCUGCUCCGUGACAAUCUGACACUGUGGAUGUCAGACCACCAGACUGAAGGUGAGGGAGACGAGACGGAGCAGGCAACUGAGAAGCACUGAACGUCGGAAAAAAACAAAAAAAAACACAUUUUUUACCUCUCACCAGCCUAAGUUGUGUGUGUGGUUGUGUUUGCACAUACAUGCACAAAUAUGUAUGUUUACACUCCACUCACAAUGUGUAAAGUACAGUAUGUGUGUGCAGAUACAUUGAAGUGUGUUUGUUAAUUGUAUGAGCACCUCCACAGAGAAAAGAAUGGAAAGGUUUUUUUUUUUCAACAUUACUCAUUGUGUGAACCAGUGGAUGUUUUUUUUUUUUUCUCCCAGUUUGGUCAGUGAUAUCCCUCCUUUAGAUCCGAAUCAGCCCCAUGCUCUUUAACCUUAUUCACUGUAGCAAACUGCUGCUGUUGCAGGAAAACACAAACAUAAAACCUCUAACUGUAAUUUUGAUAAUUUGUAUGUUUUUACUUGAACUCAACAUUUACAAUCUUUGUGACACUUGGGUCUACAAAACUCCUUUGAAGCACGUUAACUGUAAAAAUGGUCACAGCGGUCUGGAUUCACUAAAGUUUAGGUCUCAUCUGACAAUAGAAGUGAUCGUGUAGAUGGCAGAAUUUACCUCUGUAAAGAUCUAUCGCCACAUUGCAUGUAUCCAUCCCGCCCUGUCAGUGUCCAGUGUAGCAGGUAGUGUUUUUGUGGUAGAUACAUGUGUCAUGACUCAAUGGGUUCUAUGUGCAUUCGGGUGUAGGAAAGGUUUUCUGUAUGAAUGGCCACUUUGCGAAAACUGUAGUUAAACUUUGGUUGAUAGUUUUGUUGAGAGGGUUACAUUCCAUUGACAGUUUUUCACUCUCAGUGAAAUGUGUAGACUAUAAUUUCCUGCAAUUUUCCUUAACACAUGACAAGGUAUAGACAGCCUAUGAUAAAGUGAACAACUUGACAAAAUGGCUCGAUACUGUAACUUUUGAUAUUUUAUCUUUCAGCAGUGCAGAGGAUACUUUUGCCAUGUCCUUUUAUGUGGCUUUCUACUCUUUUCUAUUCAGGUGUUUUGUAUUUUCUUUUUGUGUAUUUUAUUCCCUUUGAAUCUUGGUUUGACUCCUGGAAUGUAUGUGGUUCUCAGUAGUAUGGUGCGAGGGUUAGCUGUGCUUGGAAACUGGCAAUUUUUGCUUAGGAUUUAGCUUUAAUGAGGGUGGUUUACAGUAACAUUUACCUUUCCUGACAGAACAUUGUGAAACAACAAACGAAAACGAUGCUAAAAUAUAAACUGAUUAUUAAAGUAACUUGGUAGAAAGCUACAUUAUGACCAUUCAGUAGUUACAAAGUAGUGCCAGUUUCUUCUAAUUACAGUAUCUUGGUUUUAAAGAUGGGAUGCAGGAUUCAGAAUUUGCAAGUUACACUCUGAGUACGUUAUUUGGUUAUGUGCUUUCAUGUAAGUGGAAUUAAAACAUUAAAAUCAA